AUGGACGCCCCUGAAGACGAUCUUGAUAUAAAACUCCAAAAGAUCUCAGGGGAUCUUAUCGUAGAUUUCGACAAGUCACUCCGCCCAUUUCUCAGAAAACCAGAUGGCGCAGGCGGAACCGCCUCCGUGCGGUCGCGCGUGCGAGCCCGUGAAACUGAACGCCUCAUCUCCUCACUCCUCGACCCCUUCCAAGAACUCCCCCAACUCCUCGACCCCCACCUCCCCACCUGGCUCCCCAUCCUAGGCGACGCCUAUAUCGAGUACUACCAGAACCACCGCCGCCAGAACAACAUCCAGCGCAACAACCGCGGGCCCGCCGCCGCCUCAGACCUACUCAUGCCCCUGCCCCGCGCCAUCUGCAAGCUGCUGUACACCUUCUGCAAAAUCCGUGGCGAGAAGGUCGUCGUGCGCUUUCUGAGUAAUGAGGCUCGUCAUUUGGAGCUGUUACUCGCGGCGUUGGAGGGGGCCGAGAGGAGGGGGGAUUUGGGAGGGGGGGGGAGUGGCGCUGAUGAGGUGGUUGUUGGUGGUGCCGGUGGGGGUAGUAGUUGUGGUGGUGUGUUAUGGACGUGGGAGGAGCGUUACGUGGCGCUGCUGUGGCUGUCGCAUCUGAUGCUGGCGCCGUUUGACCUGGCGAGCAUGUCGUCGCAGGAGAUGGAGGAGGAGGCGGAGGAGGCGGCGAAAGUGGAGGGGUUGGCGUGGUCUGCUGCGGGACUGCCGAGCAUCACGACGCGCAUCGUGCCGCUGGCUAUCAAGUACCUGGCGUCGCCGGGUAAGGAGCGCGACGCGUCCAAGGCGCUGCUGGUGCGGAUUGCGAUGCGCAGGGAUAUGCAGCGGCUGGGGGUGUUGGAUGCCCUGGUGCGCUGGGCGCUGGGCGCGCUGCGGUCGGAGGGCGCGGUAGAGAGGACGCCGUAUCAUUAUAUUGGGGUGCUGUCGUUUUUGGCGGGCAUUUUGGCGUCGUCUGCGGAUACGUCGGAUAUGGAUCGGUACUUGAUUACGAUCUUCCACGCCGUGCAUGGGAUAGCGUCGGAAGGAGAGAAAGCGGCGGGGUCUAGGAUGGCGUCGGCUCUGGCUCGCAAGACCAUGAUCAAAGUCAUCCGGGCAGUGGUCGUUCUCAUUCUCCGAAACCCGCAGGACAUGGAACGCAUGGAGAUUGUCGAAACCACCAUUGGGUUUCUUUUGGAGAGCCUGGCAGACAACGACACGCCAGUUCGUUUUGCAGCUAGCAAGGCUCUCGGUGUUAUCACGCUCAAGCUGGAAGAAGAUAUGGCCUCCCAGGUGGUCGAAGCCGUCCUUGAGUCUCUAAACCGGAAUGUCCUGCGUGUCAAGGACCCCAAAGACUCACUGGCGACGUCCAAGAAAGACCUCAGCAUGGUCGACCCCUUGGAGUGGCACGGCCUCAUGCUUACGCUCUCUCACCUUCUUUACCGGCGUUCUCCGCCAGCCGAGACCCUUGCAGACAUCGUGCAUGCCCUGCUCAUGGGCCUGUCGUUCGAAAGGCGAAAUGCUUCAGGAAGCUCUACGGGCGCAAACGUGCGGGACGCAGCAUGCUUCGGUACUUGGGCGCUCGCUAGACGAUACACCACGGCGGAGCUGCUGGCAGUCCCGGCCAUGUAUAUGACUACAGAUGAGCUCAUCGGGCGCCACCCCGACACCGUUGAGAAGGGCAUUUGGGUUGUCCAAACUGUCGACUACCAUGCAGUGGCCCUGAGGUCUAGGGCGCUCCAAGAUGUUGCCUUGGGUGUGACCAAACUCUCGGGGCAGUAUGGCGAGGCCAUAUUGGAUGGCCUGCUGGACUGGAGAGGGGUCGGCGAUGCCGAUGCCGCUUCACGACGAGCUGCAGGUGCUUCCUACGGUAUGAUUACUGCAGAGUUGUCUGUAGGAACCGCUGCCCCUCUCCAACGCCUAACACAGUCCGUUUCACUGGUAUUGGAUCGCAUCAAAUCACUCGAAGCUCGGCAAGUCGAAGAGAGGCACGGCUUAUUUUCUAGUCUCGCCGCGGUUCUUGAUGCCCUGCCUUCCGUUGCUGUCGGGGCGCAAAAAACGGCAAUCUUUAAUGAGCUCGUCCAGCUCUCGCUAGAUGCGUUGCUCGGUAUCCUCAAGGACUGCGACACGAAGACCUACCGCAAACCGGAACUUAUUGCAGAAGCGGCAAGCCGACUAAUCAUUUCAUCGUUCCCGGUGCUCCAGGCAGCUACAUCCGCCGACUGCACUUUGCUGCCUGGGCGCUCACUAAUGUCUAAAAGCGGUGCCGAGCUGGCGGCGCUGGUGGGAUCGGUGGGUGAUAGGACGGAGAAGUUGAGCACCUUCGUCGCUCUCACUCGGUCCAAUCUCCAGAAAUGGCUUGUCUGGCCAGAAUUAGACAUCAUCACCGCGGCGUCCGAGGCCGCGGUUGUCUUCAUGAUUUUCUGCAGCAACACUGAGCGGGACGAGGCCAUCCGAGGGUGGGCCGACGCCGCCCGUGAACGCCAGUCGUCCAAGACACGCACGACAAGCGGUCAUUUCUCCGCGCUAGCCGCCGUAUACCCGAUGGCGUCGACCCUGGCGCCAGAGCAGGACAAGACGCUCAUCUGCGACGCCAUCAUGGAGCGCUGGAAAAACGACGUCUGGACAGAUACCCGAGCGUGCAUACUCCAGAGUUUGACAGGCAGCGAUCUCCUCAGGCAGAACACUGGGGUAUUUCUCCCGCUUGUGGCUGAGGGCCUGGAUGAUUAUACGACGACUGCACGGGGUGAUGUCGGGUCUCUUGUCCGGUAUGAAGCGAUCCGGGCGACGAAGUCACUCUGGGAAAGGCUAGACGGGGAAUCGGACAUGACGGCAAAGCUAGUGUCGGAGCUGUUUUUACGUAUCCUGCGAUUAGCGGCAGAGAAGUUGGACAGAGUCAGAGCCGAGGCACAGGCAGCGCUUGCUGUUGCCUUGAAACCCAGGUCGACAUUCUCGUCCAAGGCGUACUUCAUUUUCCUCCUUGAUUUGCUUGAUCAAGACUGGCUACACCCUGCGGCACUGAAAGUAAAAGAGGAUGCAGAGAAAUGGACGGAGGCCCUGAUGGCCGGCAUUGUGUCGUCUGCCGACACAGGAAACGAAGAGCUGGUCAUUGCCACUCGCGCCGCGCUGUGCGAGUUCUGCGAGCGGUCGCCCGAAGCCAGAGGUUUGGUGUGCACUGCUCUGGUCCGGAACCUCAAGAUCUGGCAAGGGACAGAUCGGGUACUUGUCCCGACGCUCGAGGUGGUCGCCUUCCUGUUCCACGUCGGCAUCUUUGCUGAGUGCCGCGGGGUCAACUACAAGAGCCUGUGCCUGCAGGUUCAGAAGGCAUGCUACAAGACCGGCAACGUCCGCAAGAUCGAGGCAUGUAUCAGGGUUUACGGGGCUAUCGCGGAACUCGGCCGAGAGCCGGGUCCUGCACCAACUGCCGUUGGGGGCGGAAGUGAUGAUGAUGAUGAUCUGCUGUUGAAGAAACAGGACGGCAUCCGAGAGGCCUGCACCCGGCUCGGCGCCCUCAUGUUCCACCCUUGGCCUCGAGUCAAAAACACGGUCGUCGACGAGCUCUGGGGCCUCCUCCACGACGACCCCGCCGCGCAGGCACUCAAGAGCGUCAACUGGGGGAAAGCAGAGAAGACCAAGAUCAAAACGGUGGUGGGGGCGCUGGGGCUGGCUUCGUGA